AUUUUAAUUCCAAUUAUAAAAAUACGUUGUUAUAUAAAUAUAAAAGGACUUUAUUUCGUUUAAAAUAUAACAAUUGAUAAUAAUAUCAGGAAAAAUGUUACGUUUAAUGUCAAACAAUCUGUUAAGACAGAAACAAAAUUUAAUACCGUUGCGUUGUUUGAAUGUACAAAAGUCUGCAAAAACAGGGAGUAAUAAAGUAACAAUAAAUCCAAACGUUACAGGACUCAGUGAUAAAUGUUGUAAAGUUCCAAAUACAUGUGUUGGUCCAAAUGCUGCUAAAGAUAAAGAAUAUAAAAAUCCAGAAUACUUUUGUUAUCAUCUAGACACCUUUGGAGAAGCAGAAGUGGAAUUAGCAAAAUAUAGAUUACCAGCUCCUUCUAAUAAAGUACCUUUUCAUAAAUAGUUUUUGUAAUAAUAA